AUGGAGCUGCAGGACAUACGGAGAAAAGUCGAAAACGAAAACAACAACCGCAUCCACAUCGCCAAGGCGAAAUUUCGCAACUGCUUAUGCCUCUUCAACAGCUACUCCAAGUGCUACCUGAACAUCAAGAAAAGCUCCAACCGGGAAACUUCCAAAUAUGACAAAAUAUAUGGAAAUGAAAACAUCCGAAUUGGGGAGGAAAAAAAGGCGAAGAAUUCGGCCAAAGAAACGUCCCUCGAGUUUACCUACCCCUACCGGUACGAACAAAACAGAAGCGUCUUCCUAAUUAUAAACAGCGAAAACAUCAAUUCUGGAAAUUCGAGCAUAUGCCACAACGACAUUAUAUACAUCAUAUAUAACAAUAAAAAGUAUGAACAUGUUAAUGUGCAGAAGAGGAAAAAAAAGAGGAAAAAGGUAAGGGAAAAAAAAAAAAAAAAAAAAAACGCCUUACAUGAUGGGAAAGAAGACAACUAUGGCAGUUCAGUGGGUUCCAUUCCGAACCAGCCGUUCGACACAAACCCGAUGUACAACAGCACGAUAUUCGAAACAAGCAACCUAAAUUUCGGCGAAACGUAUGAUAGUAAGAAAAAAAAAAAAAAGGAAAAAGCAGCCCAGGGAGCGUUAACAAGUAAAGCAAACAAAUUAAGAAAUAAAAAAAAUUUCAUCUACUCAGAUGAUGACGAUUCGGAUAACAACUACGAACACAUCUUUACACACAUCAAUUCGAACCUUCACUUUUUGAGCGUCUCCAAUGAUCACAUAGAAAAGGAGAAAAACCUCUACAUCCAAAACGAAAGGUACGUUAAUACGAAAGAUGUCAUAUUUAGAAAAAUGAAGUUUAAGAAAACCAUGUUCUUCAAUUUGGACACGUAUAAUUCCUGGAUAAUCGUUAAGAAAAGCAUACUGGUGAAUGAAUACCUGAACCGAUUGGCGAAAAACGACUUGGUAGACAUAAACGACGUCCUCUACGACGUCGUCAAUAUGAACAGCAGAUUGCUCAAUUGCUACACCAAGGUGUACAUAAACGAUUACUUCCUCCUUAUUAAUAAUAAGACGAAGGAAAUUUUGGGCGUCCAGAAGGUCCCACGGGAACGCCCCCCUAUUGGUAGUACACACACAGGUGGUGUGCACACCGGGGGGGAAACUAAUCCGGAGAAGAGGGAACCCCCCUUUAGCAACUCCACGGGGAACUACGAAUCCAUGUACUAUAACCUUGUGCUCAUAAAAAAGAUGAGUCUUAACCACCUCUUCGGAACCGACACAGAUAUCAACAUCACCUUCGCCUUCCACAAUGUGUGCCUAACCAGUUACAACAAAAUUAAUGAAAACAGCUCCUACAUGCUUAUCUAUAACUAUAACCUAACCAGGGAGAGUCAAUUUUUUCUAACAAACUCCAAUGGUCGUGGUGAGCAGAUAAGAGCACCCGACCCGCACAACAUGCAACAGUUAACCAGCCACGAAGACUACACAUAUUUCAAUAACUAUAUAACGAAAAAGAUCGCGGAAAACUACCUCACAUACAGUCUGUACAUUAAGGAAUGCCUCCUCAUUAUCGACAUUCUGUAUGUCCUCAACAAUAGCUAUGGAAACCUCAUCUACAUUAAGGAACACUACAAGUACGACCACCAGACGUACUACUCCUAUGCCUGUGACGUACUGCAGAGGAGGAGGGGGCACCCCGAAUUGGAGCGGGACGCCAAAGGGGACUCCACCUCCGUGUACUCCCUCUCCUCGGACAGCGAACAGGAUGACGAAAAUGAUGAUGAUGAUGAUGAUGACAGAAAUGAUCGUGAUGACGAUGGGGGGGAGUCCUCCGCUUCCGCCUCGAGCAACGCCUCCACCGCGUCGUCAGAGCAGGUCAGAGCCAAAGCCAACUUCACCCCUGAGGAGAAGCAACUCUUCCAUGAGCUCAACAAUGAUCUGGUCUACCUGAUGCCUAAAUACAAGCUGGUGUUACACCCCCUCCUACUGAGAGAUCAAAAAAGCAACAGCUCCCAUUUGGAAAUCACAAAAGAAAUAUUAAAGCUAGGAAUUUUCCUAAGGCGCAUCCAGCGGUUCAUAGAAAUUAACAAAAGAGGACAGUCCUGCAACUCCACCUUCGACAUGUUCUGCUGCUGCCUGUAUAACAUCAGCAUGCACAUCCUAAAUCACGUCAACAAAAUUGAAGAAAAUGUUAGGAACGUUUAUAAUUUUUCUAAAAUUUAUAUGAAGGACGGCAAUGCAGGAAGCUACUACCCCCCAGGGGGAAACAAAACCUGGGAACAAAUCCCAGGAACAGAAACACAAACCAAGCUGAACGAUCUACCCAUGUGUCUGUUUGAUGCAAAUUCCUUAUCAACAUGCACAGAUCCAGAGGAAAAAAAAAUUUUCUUCAGCAUCAACAAUUUGUUUCGUAAAAAUGUGCACGACUUUAACCUCUUCUUCAACAUAAACAUUGAAAAAGCGGAAGACAUUUCCUUGUACAAAAUAAAAAUAAUUGUUCUGCCACUCCUUCAGAUAGGAAAACUGCUCAACAAAAUUAUUAACAAAAUUAUUACCAAAAAACAGAUGAACAAUUCUAGGUACCUAAUCGAUCUGAUCUACAAACUGCAGGAGUACCUACACUCAGACAGCAUCAACAAAACUGUCCUUACGUAUCUGCUGAAAAAUAUUACUACCCCUCUGUUUGACUUUAUAAAAAAUUACAUCUUCUACGGUAAAGUGAAAGACACUUAUAGAGAAUUCUUCAUCCACGAAAAUAGGAACAUCACCCCUUAUUAUAAACAAACAAACAAAUUCUACUGCACCAAUAUAUUUAAGUACAUUUAUAAGAGGUAUAUAGAUAUGUCUACCAACUAUUGGGGAGCUAAGUAUGUCAUCCUGAACCGGAAGGUUCCCACUUUUUUGAGGAAUGUAUCUUAUCACAUUUUCAUCACGGGCAAAUACAUCGAUGUUCUUUCCGCCUGCUCCAAAUUGUUGACUCUUCAGAGCAGGCGUAGAAAUGGUCCCUAUAUGGACGGGCCUGAUUCCCACCAUGAUAGUACAACUCACGGGUGGAUCGCACCCGAAGUGGACACCCUAUCCGUGUAUGCAUCGUAUAAAAGGGCUAACCACGGAAGGGAGGGCAACUCCCCCCAAGGUGAAAUGCACCAAAGGGAGACACACAACCCUUGGGCGGAACAACAGGACGAGGAGGACGAACUGUACAACGAUCACAACAACAACAAUGACAAUCCCCACCGGAACAACAAGACGUGCCUCCUAAUAUACGAUGGGAAUAAAAAAACCUACGAACACCUCAUACACAAUCAACACCUAUUUGCCUCCAAAAAAAUGUUCGAACUUUAUAUAAAAAAAAUAGACAUCAAGGAAAAAAUAAAGCAUCAUUAUUUUUUCUUCUUCCUCCAAAUUAGUGACUAUUUAAAAUAUUUUUACAUCCUAGCGCACGAACAUUUGGAGAAGCUGUACAAUAGCAAAAAGAACAGCAACGUAUUGAACAAGCUAAAAAACUUCUUCGACAUAUCUUUAAGGUCUUCCGUAUUGUACCAUUUGAAGUACCGCCAAGACUACAACGUAGACGUGUCCGACAUUCUAAGCAUCAUCGAUAAUGUCAACCUGAUUAUCGACCUGAGAAACUUCUACCUGAAUAUUAGUCAGGUCGAUGCUGGACGAUAUGACCAGGAGGAUGCCCUAUAUAAUGAUCAGACGAACGGUGGAACGGCUUCGCUGGAAUGGCAACAGGGGGAAGAUCAAAGUGGAGCCUACUACCAGAAGGGACAACUCCAGGGGGGGAAUUCCCCUAGAGGGGGGGUUGCCACCCAAUCGGAGGACGACACGGAUUUGGACAGCGAAACGGAGAGCCCCUCGGAUGGAGACCAAGACCAAGUCGGGGGUGGAUCCCCCCCAAUGAAGGAACACAAAAAUAGGAAGACAAAAAAGAAAACCAAAAAAAAGAUGCAAAAAAGAAAAAAAAAAAAUUAUGCCACCAUGGGAAAAAGGACGCAAAAUGGGCCCAACCUGGAUCAGCAACACCUCCUCGGGAAGAAGAAAAAAAUUCUAGCCAACCUCAAAAAUAAUGUGCUCAAUAACAUACACAAUAAUAUGCAAACCAACACGAAUGUGGAAAUUUACAAAGGACUGGUCCUGUCCUAUCACAACAUGUUUCCAUACAACCUGAUUUUUAACAACGUAACCAUUUUUAAAUACACACUCAUAUUUCGUAUUUUAAAUUACUGCAAAUAUAUUGAACAUAAACUUACGGAGGUGUGGCUGAACCACAUGUUUGUAAAAAACAUUUUCAUAAAUGAGGAAUGCAAAAAUAAUUUGAUGAUGUGCAUACACACGAGGGAGUGUAUGAGUCACUUCUUAAAGUGCUACACGUAUCACCUACAGAACGAUGUAAUCAAAACGGAAUAUGCUCACAUGAAUAUGAAGCUAAAGGAGACGCUCAUUUUCGACGACAUUAUACACAUCCAUAAUGCGUACCUAAAUAACAUCCUCAGGUACUCCUUCAUAAUGAACCAAAAUAUUAUUAGCUCCAUUUUGAAGUUAAUUUCCAUAUCGCACAUUUUUACUAGACAUAUUCUAAAAUUCAACUUUAACAAAAAUGAGCAACUGGAACGUGUAUCGUCUCGGGAAAAUGGUAAGGCCGACCCCAACCGGGGGAACCCUAACGGAGAUCACAACGAACACGCAAACGGAACAGACAAAAAGAAGAAGAAAAAAAAUAAUUACCACAGAAAAUUUAUUCAGGAACUCCUCUGCGAUCAGGCAUACAUUUCCAUGAUACACAAUACCAUUAAGCACUACGAUAAGCAUUUUAGAAAUUUCUUCCUCCACCUCACUGACUACGUUAGCAACAACAUCGAUGACUAUGCACACAACUUUUUAAUAAAACUGGACUACAAUUUUUACUACACGAACAAGUACAAGAUUAGCAACGCACACAUGGAUGACGAACCCAACGGGGAAUCCGCUGCAAUGAACGCCACUUCCGCUGAGUACCCCAUCAGGGGAAAUGAUGAAGGUGUUGCUCCACACGUUGAUUCGUUCGAGCGGGGUAACCUCGCCCAGCGUGGGGGACAUUUCGGUGGGCGAGUCGGCCAGCCGGCAAGUGGAAGCCCCCCGUCUAGCCCCAACCGACUGGCUUACAACGAGCAGUAUGGUCACUCAGCAGAGCAAGUUUCAGACCAUGUUGCAGACCAUUCCGCCGUCCAGUAUGAUCACCUAUCACACAAACAGGCUACCUACGCCGCUGGAUACUCAACCAGUUAUGAAGCGCACCCCCGCCAACGAUAUGCCCACCCGUCAGGAAGCACAUCUCACACCCCCGACCAGCCCAACUACAACCGAAGCGUACACUAUGCAGACGUGCACAACCCAGUGACACAACGCAGGAACAACUACCCUCAAACGCACCUAAACAAGGAACACCUGCUAAGCGAAAACAGAUUCGCACCGUAUCACCUAACCAGUCAGAAUGCCCCCUACGGAGUUAACCCGUACGACAAAAACCAAAGCGGCUAUGACACCCAAAUGGGCAACCCAGCCAAAAGCACUGCCACCUACAGCAAGCUAAAAAAAUACGGCCCGCAUAAUAAUGAGAACCUGCCCAGCAUGGAUGCGCCACGAAUCAACGCAGCCAGCAUCAACGUCAGCGGCAUUGACGUGAACAGCAUCGAUAUAAGUGGCAUCGACAUUAACCCCGUCGACCAAAAUACGUAUAAGAGUAAAUUCAUCCCGCAGUAG